AUGUUCAAAAAGAUCCAUUCUAUAUUUCACCCCAACUCCCAUCGAAGAAAUGUGACAGAGGACAUCCCUUACUGUGAUGACACAGGUUCUGCGGUGAGACUGAUCCGCAGCACUUCUAUGUACAUCCUUGGAGGUGAGCAGGAAAACGUUAGUGAACCACUAAAAAAAAGCAGAAGUACAACCAGCAUUGAGUCUUGCUUCCAGCCAAAAGAAGAAGACAAAGACUGGAUGUACUCGAAGACUCAGGACUGCUUGAAGUACUUACAGGAUCUGUUAGCAUUAAGAAAAAAGUAUCUUGACCACAUCAAUAACUUGAAAUCCAUGCGUCUGGCUGCGGAUUCCCCAGCAUCCACAACAUCAUGUAAAACUGGAAAGAAGCCCUUUCUUCCACUUCCUUCCAAAGAGUCUUCUAAGGCAUCCAUGGAAAGAAAAGGCCCACAGUCCAGUUCAGAUGUAAGAGAAGCAAUGGCUUUCUUCGACUCAGUUAUUGCCGACUUGGAUUCGGAGAGAUGGCGGAGAGUUCCUGACGUGGAUCUGCCAAAUGUGGAUGUUGAUUUUGAUGUUACCACCAGCACAAGUGAACACAGUUUACAUUCAAACUGGAUCCUUCGUGCUCCCCGGAGAUACUCACAAGAUACUGCCCAAACGGCACAGGCUGCAAACCAAUCUCAAAGAAACAGCCAGCGGAGAACAACUGCCUCUAGGAAGAGGCUGGAAAGACAUCCCAUGUACUUGCCCAAAGCUGUGGAAGGGGCAUAUAACACUUUAAAAUUUAAGCCUAAGACACGCAAGAAAGAAUAUUGA